AUUCAGCAACAAGGAGAAGGCAACAUGGAUCAUCAUCAUGCUGAUCAGCGUCGCCAUCUGCGCCGUCAACAUCAUCCAGCUGUUCUGCAAAUGGACCUCCACCCCAUUCGUCAACGUCAUCGACUCCCUACCCACUCCAAUUUGGGCAAUACCAUUUCCAACUGUCGUGGUGUGCCCUCAUUUGCACGUGAAGAAGUCCUAUGUUAAUGUAUCUGCUCUGAAUGGUUCCGAGAAAUUCUUCGCAUCUUUAGUGUGCCCAAGAUUAAAAGGAGCUGGAUUAGCCUUAAAAGACAGACUCAAACAAGACGAGAUAAUUGAGUUGCAAGAAUUUAUUUUACAGGGUUCUCUUCAAUGUUCGGACGUGGUAAAAACAUGUAAUUGGCCUGCUAAACACGACAACUUGUGGGGGGGCACAAGAGACUGCUGCGAAAUGUUCCAACCAGUCUUUACUAACUACGGACUGUGUUUUGCAUUCAAUAGCCUACCGUUAAAUGGAAUGACCAAUGAAACGUUGCCAUGGCAACAAUGGCUUAGCCCAAAUCUCGCGCCCGCUGGUCUUCAAUGGGGGCUUGAUGUAGGCUAUCCCAAGGUCUUCCCGCCCGACCUGGUCAUGCAGCCGCUAAGGGUCAUGGUUGCUGGAGAAGUGAAUGGCCUCAGUCUGGAGCUAUAUUUAAAUUCAAGCGAACAUCAGUUCUCCUGCGAGGGUAACAGCUUGGGAUUUACGAUCUUGAUCAGCGCUCCCACAGAUCACUUAUACACUAGUACAGUGAUGCGGAUUCCCAUGAACAGGAUGACCACUGUGGAAGUAUCUCCUAUCACAUACAAGACGGACCCUACGCUCAGAUCUCUCGCCCCUUACAAGAGACAAUGUUUCUUCCAAAGCGAGAGAAGACUUGAGUACUACAACUUCUAUACUGAUACUAAUUGCCAACAUGAUUUGUUGAUAAGAGAAGCCAAGGAAAUGUGCGAUUGUGUGCUAUAUAACUGGCCAAGGAAAAAUAUUUGGGACCAGAUUUGUUCAACAGACAGAGAUUUUCAAUGCAUCAACGAAGUUAAUGCCAAAGUGGAAGAGCAGCUCAUCUACGCAUACUACGAAGAUAGCGAAGAACAGGGGAAGGCAGGGGAAGGCACCAAGUCCUGUCACCCAUCCUGCAACGACAUCAUCUAUUCCAGCCAGGUGUUCUACUCCGACCUGAUCAGGGAGCACGGUGACGGGUCGCCGAGUUGGGGAAAUCCUAGACACGGAGAGGUGACAAUAGUCAACGUCCACUUUUACGAAGAUUUGUUCCUAGGCCAACACCGUCACGCGCAAUAUGAUGAUUAUUACUUUGCAGGAGCAAUCGGGGGUCUUUUAAGCCUGUUCCUUGGUUUUAGCAUCAUAAGCGUCGCGGAGUUGGUGUACUUCGUGUUCUUACGACCUUUUUACAUUAUAUUAAAAGAAAUUCGCCGUCAACAUUGAUCAUAUCUAUCACAUACAUAUUUU